UGAAGGGGAGUUUUGACGCUCUGUGCAUCCGACUAGUGGACAGACACAGAUUGUAACAAACUAUAAUUGAAUCCGCACCCUUUCAUUCGGACUUUAAUUCAUUAUUAAAUCAACCAUGGAACUAAAAAUGGACACACAGUCAGUGUGUGGUGUGACUGGGUGAACAGAAGUUCACAUUUAUAGUGAGUGAACCAUGGAAACUAAAAGGAAGCGGGCAGCAGAAACAUUGCAAAAGUCCGCUGUAAAUCGUGGUAGCCCGGCAGAUAACGGAAGAAUGGACUCUGGGAAAACUGGACCAAACCGGAACUAAACCACCUGUCCGGGUCUCCCCGACCUACAUGUCACCCUCCUCUCCGUGCCAGAUGCCUCCGCGGGGCGAUGGGGGCUACAAGCCAGCACCGGUGUCCCCUGCCCCGCCUGUCCCGCCUCGGAGGGUCCGGGGCCGGGAGAAGGGCUCUGGCAGGACGCGGCGGUCCGGGGCAGGAGGGUCAGGGGCCGGAGCAGGAGCACCGGAGAGGCGGGUGAAGUGUGUGCUGGUUGGGGAUGGAGCUGUGGGGAAAACCAGCCUGGUGGUCAGCUAUACUACCAACGGGUACCCCACCGAAUACGUCCCCACCGCGUUUGACAACUUCUCAGCUGUAGUAUUGGUGGAUGGCCAGCCAGUGAAACUACAACUUUGUGACACAGCUGGACAGGAUGAGUUUGACAAGCUGCGCCCUCUGUGCUACACCAGUGCCGACGUGUUCCUGCUUUGCUUCAGUGUCGUCAGUCCCGCGUCCUUCCAGAACGUUCCUGAGAAGUGGGUCCCGGAGAUACGGAGACACGCCCCAUUUGCUCCGCUUGUCCUCGUUGGGACUCAGUGUGACCUUCGAGAAGAUGUCAAGGUCCUCAUUGACCUGGCUAAGUACCGGGAGCGACCUGUGGACCCAGCAGAUGCUCGGGACUGUGCCCUGGAGAUUGGAGCUGUCACCUAUAUGGAAUGCUCCUCUCUGACUCAGAAAAACCUAAAAGAAGUGUUUGAUACAGCUAUACUGGCUAGCCUGCAGAACUCCCAUAAGCACCCAAGAGGGAAACCAAAACGACGAAAAAAGCAAAGACAGACGCCAGACAAGAAGAAGAAUCUGUCCAAGCCAUGGUGGAAAAGGUACUGCUGCGUGGCCUAGAGGAGACCUUUAAGAUUUUUACAUUGAACUCCGAUCCUUGUUUGACAUUUGCCUGGUCUGGAUUGAGCUGGAUUGCCUAAAUUCAUUUUCAGUGUGGAUUUUUAUCUAACGGAGCCUCAUGUUGAGCAAGACCGUUGUACUGCUGCUGAGCACCAAAGAAAGACUGUUGGGAUCUAAAAUAAUGACUGUUCUUUUAUUGUGGAGGGAUUCUUGUCUUAUCAUGGAUUUGAUGAACUUCACAUACAGGCCUGGUCAUAGCAUGUCUUGAAAAUACUGCAGCGAUGUUAACCAGGUUUGAAUCUUACAGUGUUGUAACACAAAAAUCCUGAAAUUUUCACUGUAUUCUGUGAACUGCUUGUGUGAAUGCAAAUGACCAACAUUUUAUUGCCAACCCCCUUCUAAGUUUUCCAAGUGAAGUCAGGGUGAGUUGAUAUAAGAAUAGAGGAGGAAAUAUAACAUUUAUAUGUUAUAAACUGCCAUUGGCGUGACCUCCAUGCACACAAUGAAACUGCCUCGCUAUUAUUUUCUGUUUACUUGUAUGUUCUUUUCCACUCUUUUAAUGACGUCAUAUCCUGCUUCAUGAGACCCCCCUCUCUAGUUUGACAAGGAUUUAGACUGUGUCCAAACUGUACACAACACAUACAACUACUUCUAGAUAGUCAGACAUACUGUGUAUGGUAGCUGCUGGUAAGCGAAUGGUUAGUACGCUGUUCCAGCACCAUAUCACAUGAAUUGCCAUUGCAAGCUUGCUUGAUUGUUGGUCCAUAGGUAUAAUUCAAUAAACACUUGUGUUUAAUUAAA